AUGACGAGUCGGAGAAGACAACAAGGUCAAGGUACAUACAGUCUUUAUUCUCAACAGCAGCGUCAUCAUCCCUGGACUAACGAUCGCAGUCGGCGUCAUGACAAUUCAUUUACAAGUGUGCCUUACUGGGAAAAGAAAUUCUGCAUGACCAUCGGCUUGAUUCCGUGGGGAAAACUCGUGGAAACGAAAAAGUGCAUGUCUCUGCACAAGAACAUCGUUGAGUGGAAUGACUCGGCUGGCGAAGAGGCAUUCAAGAAGGCGAAAAGCCGGUUUUGGGCUCAGAUGAACGGCCUAAUUCCCAGUUCUGACCUAUCUUUGCCGGAUCCCAACGCGUAUAUUGAUGAUAUAGAUUGGCAGUCGUCAACCGAAAAUAUUGAUCCUCAACUGAUUUUGGACUUAGAAAAGAGCAAGGAACAUAAACCCGACAAUGAUCAUGGUGAUGCCGAAACCCUAGAUCAUGAUCGUGAGUUUGUUAUUAUCGGCCUUCAUCCUGUCAAUAUAAAUCAGACGACAUUGCCGUGCAGCGGAUGGGGUAAGGAGUUUGAAGAAGAGGAUUUGAAAAAUAAUGAAAAUAAUAAUAUUCCUGAAAAUCCAUGGGAACCUGUUUGGGUUCGUCAGAGGGAAGCUGCAGCCAUGGGACGAGGAUGGAACAACACAACCAGCUGGGAACAGUGGGAAAAAAAUAACUAUAAUUACAACUCAAGAUAUAAGAAGUCAAGAUUUCAUGGUGGUUAA